UAGUCUUAUCAGUGUGUCCAGGCUUAGACUGAUCACACGCCCUGCCGUUGCAGGUCGACAAUCAAUACGAGCGGGCCGAGCAACGGAAAUUACCAAGAUCGGAAGCGAGAUCCUCUCGACGUGAAGACGUUAGCUAAGAGACAACUAAGGCAGAUACGGCGCUCUUCACUGACAUAGCUGCGAGGUCUUAGGAACUGUCUGUAAGGUCGCGAAGACUGCCAAGGACGAAAAACUACCGACAGAAUGUACCCAUAGCCUGAUGGACGCCCUGAUGGAGCGACUACUGCAGGCCUGGACGGCGAACACCACCGUGACAGUCCUUCCCUCCAACCCUCCAGGCCCAUCCGGGAUGACCGACACCAUCCAGACAACGCCUGCGGUGGACUCCUUCCUCGAGGACCCGACAAACACCACGUUCUCGCCCGGUAACGACACGGGAACGGGCCCGAUGUUCCAGCCGGAGGUGGACAUCGCCAUCCCCAUCGUGUACUCCGUGGUUUGCAUCCUGGGGCUGAUCGGGAACUCCCUCGUCAUCUCCGUCGUGCUGCGGUUUCAGAAGAUGAAGACGGUGGCCAAUAUCUACAUCCUCAACCUGGCUAUUGCCGACGAGCUGUUCAUGCUGUCGCUGCCGUUUUUCGUGGUGUCCAUCCUGCUGGUGGACUGGCCGUUCGGUGACGUCAUGUGCCGGGUGGUGCUGUCCGUGGACGCCAUGAACAUGUUCACCAGCUGCUGCUGCAUCACGGCUAUGAGUGUGGACCGCUACCUUGCCAUCGUGUACCCGAUGAAGUCCCUCCGCUGGCGGACGCCCUGCCGUGCCAAACUCACCUGCCUCUGCAUCUGGCUGGCCUCCUGCCUCAUCAUCUGCCCCGUCCCGUACUUCGCCGGGGUGCAGACUUUCAUCAAUACUACGGGAUGCAUGCUACAGUGGCCGGAUGACAGCUGGGACCGGGCCUGGAUUGUGUACUGCAUCAUCCUGGGCUUCCUUCUGCCCGUGGUCGUCAUCACCAUCUGUUCCGUCAAGAUCGCCCAGGCUCUGGGCCGACAGGCCAACCAGCUCAUCUUUGAGGGGGACAUGAAGUUAUCCGCCUCCAGAAGACAACAGGAAACCAAGAGGAAGCAUAAGGUGACGAAGAUGAUCCUGGCUGUGAUCGUCACGUUUGUUGUCUGCUGGCUGCCGUUCUACGUCGGACAGAUCGUCAACCUUGUGGCCGAGCUGCCGCCCACCAAAGUACUCAUGGGUGUGUACAACUUCAUCCUCUGCCUGAGCUACGUCAACAGUUGCGUCAACCCCUUCAUCUACUUCCUGGUCAGUGACAGCUUCCGGAAGAACGUCAAGUACAUCUGCAGUUCCCGAGCGGCCGAGCUGAGCCGAACCAGUACGGAAAUGAUCACCAACAGCUUCAAGGCCACCACCCGGAGAAGAGGCACCCUGCCAGCCCAGAUGACCGUACGCCAGCAGAGACUGGACAGUCUAAACAGCGCCAAGCGACACAGCAUGCCCGACGUCAAACGGGUCGUAAAGGUGGCAGAUCGACACAUGCCGAGCUUUUGAACUCAGAUGUUGAGAUUUUUCAUUUAUUUAUUUAUGGAGAUUGACAACAGGUGACUAUCACCUCUUCAAGAGCCGGAGA